AUGGACAAGGACGAGCCCAGGUUAGAGGGCAGGGAAACAUCCAGGUUUGAGGAUGUUGACCAGCCCAUGUCAGAGGGCAGGAGGACAUCCAGGUUUGAGGAUGUCGACGAGCCCAGGUCAGAGGGCAGGAGGGCAUCCAGGUUUGAGGAUGUCGACGAGCCCGGGUCAGAGGGCAGGAGGGUAUCCAGGUUUGAGGAUGUCGACGAGCUGGGGUCAGAGGGCAGGAGGGCAUCCAGGUUUGAGGAUGUCAACGAGCCGGGGUCAGAGGGCAGGAGAGCAUCCAGGUUCGAGGAUGUCAGUGAGCCCAGGUCAAAGGGCAGGGGAGCAUCCAGGUUCGGGGAUGGUGUGGAGCCCAGAUCAGAGGAUGGAAGGAGAAAGAAGGAAGAAACUUCACCGCGGGGCCGUGCUGUGACCAACGUGGAUAGGCCAAGGAAGCGCAGGAGGCGCGAGAGAUGUGCGAUUUAUGGGAGAAGGGCUGUCGAUUGCAUGUUACACGGGAUAGACGAUCGUGCUAUUAGGGUAGGUGCACAGGCAGCACAAUUUAGCGAACCUGAACAAGUUCUCAAAUAUUUUAGGGCUGUAAAGGUAGGGCAAAGUAGAGAAAGCUUUGAGAGUAAUGCGAGGAAUAAAAAUGACCGCAAGAGCUCCACUAACCCACCGAAUCGUAUAUUCACUCCUAAAACUGGCGCUGUAAAUUCAAAUAUAAGAUAUGUAGUUGAGGAUACACCCAUGACGCGGAAAAAUAAACGUAGAUAUGAAGCCGUGAUUGCAAUCGACAAAAUGCAACCGUGGUUAACUUUUUCCAGAGACUUAGACAGCGGUGAUGAUAGAGAUGAUUGUAAUAGUGAAAACGGAUUAGAAGAAUAA